CACCCGUCUCCAUACUUUCAAGUUCGUGCACGAUCUCAAAAGUUAUUUUCUCGUCUGGGUAGUGUUGAGAAAUAAAGGAGGCAUGCGCUGAGGAGGUGGGCUGCACCGCAAAGCCUCUCGUAAAGAGUUAGCGCCGAAUGCUUCGUUUUGUAAGUCUCUGGCUUCAGCGAUGCGACUCGGUGCCCUGACUUUGAAAGAUGAGCGAUAACGACAUCUUUGAGAUGGACUCGGUGUCCGAGGCAGAGGAGCUGGAGGGUGAUACGGCUCGAGGAAUGAUAGAGGAAGAAAUGGUUUACCCAGAGGAGUUUUUACCAACUUAUGAGACGAUAGAGGAAGGAGCGUCUGUAGCCAAAGCAGAGCAGGCAGAAUUCAACAACAAGCCGGACUCUUUAUUCUUCAACGAUGGCGUGAGGCGCAUCGACUUUGUCCUGGUCUACGAGGAUGAGGACAAGAAGGAACAUGAGAAAAAGCACACGUUUCGUCGGCGGAAGCGCCGACGAGAGUACUUUGAGGCCAGUUUGAUGAAGAUGGGAAUGGAGCUGGAGGCCACAAGAUCUGUCGUGGAUGACAAACUGAUGUUUGUCAAGGUCCAUAUGCCGUGGGACGUGCUGUGCACCUACGCCGAGGUGCUGCACAUCAAGCUUCCCAUUAAGCCCAAUGACCUGUCCUGUCAACCUUCCCCUUGGCGCUUCUUCUCCCGCCUCACCAAGUAUUUCUACCCCAGCGAGGACCUGAUCACCAAGGAGGUCGAGUUUUUUACCGCCCCCUUCGAUAAAACUCGCCUGGAGUAUUUCUAUGUGGAGAGCCAGGAUACCUUCUUCACCCCGUCCAUGAGAAGCAGGAUGGCAUAUUACAUCUUGAGCCGUGCCCCCUACGAAAUACGAGGGAACAUAAAGAAGUUUGGCAUCACAAAGCUACUGGAUUCUGGAGUGUACAAGGCUGCCUAUCCUCUUCAUGAUUGCAGAUUCAAUGUAACAUCCAAAGAAGAUGGUUGUCCCAAUGAGAGAUAUCUACUCUAUCAGGAAUGGGCUCACCCGAAAAGCUUCUACAAAAUGCAGCCACUUGAUCUGAUAAGGAAGUAUUAUGGGGAAAAGAUUGGCAUCUAUUUUGCCUGGCUGGGUUUCUACACGGCAAUGCUGGCUUUCGCUGCCAUCGUGGGACUGAGUUGUUUCAUUUACGGGUACAAGACCCAAGAGACAAGCACUUGGAGCAAAGAGGUGUGUGACCCAAAUAUAGGGGGCGCUAUUGUGAUGUGUCCUCAGUGUGACAGAGAGUGCUCCUACUGGAGGUUAAACGUUACCUGUGAAGCUUCAAAAAAACUUUGCAUAUUUGACAACUUUGGGACGCUGGUGUUUGCUGUUUUCAUGUCAAUCUGGGUGACUCUGUUCCUGGAGUUUUGGAAGCGGUACCAAGCGGAGCUGGAGUAUCAGUGGGAUACUGUCGAGUUCCUAGAACAGGAAGAGCCUCCUCGUCCGGAAUAUGAAGCCAAGUGCAUUCACGAGAGAAUUAACCCCAUCACACGGGCGAAGGAAAUGGUGCCGUAUACAGCCUGUGGACGUUGUAUUCGGUUGUCUUUAGGGAUGGGGACGGUCUUAUUCUGGAUUCUGUUGAUCCUGGCGUCCGUCGUGGCCAUCAUCGUGUACCGCCUGGCUGUGUUCUUCACCUUCACGGCCGAAUUCAGGAACCAGAAAGAGCUGGAGCCCAUCACGGAGUACGUGACGCCACAGAUGGCCACCUCAGUCACAGCCUCCAUCCUCAGCUUUGUCAUCAUCAUGAUCCUCAACAUCCUCUACGAGAGGGUCGCCAUCUUGAUCACCGACUUUGAGCUUCCACGGACCAAGACGGAGUACGAAAACAGUCUGACUCUGAAGAUGUUCCUAUUUCAGUUUGUCAACUAUUAUUCCUCCUGUUUCUACAUCGCCUUUGCCAAGGGGAAAGCAGUUGGCUAUCCUGGACAGCCUGUUUACCUGCUGGGAAAGUACCGCAAUGAGGAGUGUGAUCCCGGGGGUUGUCUGAUUGAGCUGACGACCCAGCUAACAGUCAUUAUGGGUGGAAAAGCGAUCUGGAACAACAUUCAGGAGGUCUUACUACCGUGGUUGAAGAAUUUUAUUUUCCGCUACUGUACUCGGGUGGGCUCAGAGAAGGUGAUUCCUCGCUGGGAACAAGACUACCAGCUCCAACCAAUUGGAAAACUUGGACUGUUCCAUGAAUAUCUUGAAAUGGUGAUCCAGUUUGGAUUUGUGACCCUGUUCGUGGCCUCCUUCCCACUGGCCCCGGUCCUGGCUCUGGUCAAUAACUUGUUUGAGAUUCGGGUUGACGCCUGGAAGUUGAACACCCAGUUUCGCCGCAUGGUGCCAGAGAAGGCCCAGGAUAUAGGUGCCUGGCAGCCCAUCCUCCAAGGCAUUGCCAUCUUAGCUGUGGCAACAAAUGCCAUGAUCAUUGCUUUCACAUCAGACAUGAUCCCACGCCUGGUGUACUACUGGUCUUUUUCUCUGUCCCCGUAUGGAAACCACCCAGAGAACACCAUGAUGGGAUACAUCAACAGCACCCUUUCUAUAUUCAACAUCGAAGACUUCUCCACGAGGAGCAAGCCCCUGAACUCAACUUACUGGCAGCAGCUCACCACCUGCAGGUAUCGGGACUUCCGUUACCCACCAGGGCACCCGCAUGAAUAUGAGUACACUAUCCAAUACUGGCAUGUUAUUGCUGCCAAAACAGCCUUUAUAAUUGUUCUAGAGCACAUUGUCUACCUUACCAAGUUCAUCCUGUCCUAUGUGAUCCCAGACGUCCCAAACGCUAUCAAAGAACAGAUCAAACGAGAGAAAUACUUGACUCAGGUUAUCCUCCACGAGACCAACCUCAAACUGGUGUCCAAACGCUUGAAACCAGUGGAAGAGAAAAUCCUCAAGCCAACAGAAGAAAACACAGACAAGGAUGAACUGGAUCUUGACUUCUAACAAUAGUGAAAUGGGGCUUCAUCCAAAGUUUCUUCACAGGGCAUCGGAUGAUAUAGUAUACAAUCAAAGUGGAAAAGGAAUAAACCCUGUCCAACCCUCCGCCCUGUAUUUUUAUGUUCUCAGGGUUUUCUAGAAGUCUGGUUCGUCAAACUGGGUACAUAAACAUUUGAGCCUAUGUUGGUUUCCAACAGCCAAAACACACAUCCCUUCUAACCACAAUUUCGUUUUUCAACCCAUUCAUAAGAUCUGCUUUUCACAGUGCCUUACACAUCCACCACUAUCCAAGAUCUAAUGGAAAGAGCAUGGGGUAACCUGAUAUGCUGGAGUUGUCAAAUGGACAUCGUCCAGCUUAAGUAUUACAGGUAAAUAGGCCCAGGAAAUAAUAUGGCAUUUGCACAUUUGGCAUUUGUUGAAUGCCUCUAUCUAAAGGGCCUCAACCUUAAACCCUGGCAUUGUUAGUGUUAAGCCGGGAUCAGACUACAAGAUAUUUUUGUCUUUCACAGUGGUCACCAUGUAAGAUUAGGCAAUCAUAGUGCCAUACAUUUUUGUCGUGUCUUGGCCAGGAGACUGGCAACACUACAAGUAUGACCCCCGACCAAUCAUCAUAUGCUGCCUUCCACGAUCUUGCACAAGUUCCUAGGUCAUCAGGGACGAGGGUGAAGAAAUUGUCAGUCAUGGCUACAGAAGCGCUAUGUGUGAUGCUGGCGGUCUUGUGUUCUGAAACAAAACAGAAAAGAAAAGAAACGAUUGUGGACUCUGUUACGCCUAGUGCUACUUGGGAAUUAUACCUCAGCAUAGCUUAACCGACUAAAGUUACAAUAUCUAUGCACUGUUGGAUGAUUUUUUUUCUUUCUUUUUGGUGGGGGAAAACAAUCAAAUUCCAGUAUUAUAAAAAUGUCAAAAAAGUGCAACUUUUGAAUGCAGUGUCCUGAUGAUGAAGUGCUUAUUUAGCAACUUGUCUAUAAUGGACGUAACAAAUACACACCGAUAUGAGUAAUAUACCAUGAUGCCACAUGAUAAUUCAACACCUGUAGAGGAUGUAGAUAGCAGAUUUAUAGCUAAGUUUGAAUGUGCCUAUCUAUGGCUAUGCCUGAAGAUAUGUACUUACAUACUGUCUGCUGAGAGACGGAAAAGUAUUCUCCGUAUACAUGCACAUAAUCAUAAACUUUCCUGCUGUUAACUCAUCCAAUACGACUUCAGUGAUAUUACCAAAAUGAAACAUUGCACAAUAUCUCAAAUGCUUCUCUAGCCGGAUAUACACAAUGGAGCAAUGUAAUCUUUUAUUUUUAUUUUCCUGUGGUAUAAGUAAAAUCUGUCAUGUAUACUAAUGCCGUGCCACACCCCAUCCCUGUGCUUUAACCAAAGGUACUUUAACCAGCAUGUAACAAAGAGUAUGACAUGACCUGAAUGACGUCUAUCAUGUAUAGCUUGUCGUUUUUGUUUUAUACAUUUGCCAUUAAACCGUAUUUUAUA